AUGGUCCAACUUUCCCAAGCUGUGACUGCCGCUAUUCUGGCAACCGGGGUCUUUGCUCAUCCAGGCGGCAACGUCAACAAGGAGAUUCUAAGGCGCCAGGCUCAUCUCGACCACCCCGAACGCCGAACUGUCCAGUCAUGCAAGAGGGAUCUCGUCGAAAGCGGUUGGGUAAGGGAGCAGCAUCAGAGGCGCGAGGCCAGACUUCACGAACUUCGAGUUGCUGCUGGCUUUGCUAAGCCGGGAGACCUUGUUCGUCGAGACGUUGGCGAAGUGGAGGAAGAGUACGGUGUUGAGGCCUCUUGCACCCUUGAUCCCGAGGCAACUGAGGGCCCAUACUGGGUCGUGGGUGAGCUGGUUCGUCAGGAUCUGCUGACCGGCGAGAAGGGUGCCAUAACGCACUUGGACAUUAACGUCGUGGACACUUCGACCUGCAAGCCAGUCACCGACGCAUACCUUGAGAUGUGGGGCUCUAAUUCCACUGGUGUUUACACUGGCGUUCAAGCCCGUGGCAACGGCGACGGUGGACCAUCGUCUCUAGUGAGCAAUGCGCUUCGCGGCUUGCAGCCGACUAGUGCGAAUGGAACCGCAACCUUCAUUACCGUCAUUCCAGGCCACUACGUGGGCCGUACAAAUCACCUACAUACCAUCGUUCACCACGGCGCCACCCUUCUCCCCAACAAUACCAUCUCUGGUGGCACCAUCUCUCACGUCGGUCAAUUCUACAUCGAGCAAAACUUCCUCAACCAAGUCGAGAAGACCGCGCCGUACAACACCAACACCCAGAAACAGACCACCAAUGCGCAGGAUUUCCUCUUCAAUAUGGGCAAGCAGGGAGGCGAUGACCCAGUUAUGAAGAUCUCGCUUAUCGGUAGCAAGAUCGAAGAUGGUCUUUAUGCCACUAUCGAUGUUGGCGUGAACCCCAAAGCUAGGCGAAACCCAGCACCCGUCAAUAUGUGGACAAGUUCUGGUGGCAAGCCAUACCCGAACAGCCCUUGGACUGGGUAUCCCGACACCUGCAAGAAUUGCGGAUUCGGUGGAAGGCCUCCGACUGUAUAA